AUGUGCCAGAACCUCGGAGGUCCGGGGGUCAAUGUCUCAGCCAACCAAGAUGAAGAGCUGGACCAUGAGACCUUCCUGAUGCAAACUGACCGGGAGACAAAGAAGUGCACCUUCUACGCCAGCACUGGAGGCUACUGGACCCUGGUCACCCACGGGGGGGCUUCCCAUCUCCUCCCUCCAGGGGUCAAUGUCUCAGCCAACCAAGAUGAAGAGCUGGACCAUGAGACCUUCCUGAUGCAAACUGACCGGGAGACAAAGAAGUGCACCUUCUACGCCAGCACUGGAGGCUACUGGACCCUGGUCACCCACGGGGGCAUCCAGGCCACAGCCACGCAAGUUUCGGCCAGCACCAUGUUCGAGGUGGAGUGGCGGGGCCGGCGGGUGGCCCUCAAGGCCAGCAACGGGCGCUACGUGUGCAUGAAGAAGAACGGACAGCUGGCGGCCGUCAGCGACUUCGUGGGUGAGCUCUCCCCCCGCUGGGAUGCCGGGCUGGGCCCUCUGCCCGGGACGCCUGCCCAGGGGCCCUGUGUCCGUUAA